AUAUUUACAUUGGAGACUUAAAGCUGAUCGAUACCUUAUAUUAAAAUUCCACUAAAUGUGGCAAUUCAAAAGAUUUCAACGCGAGGACAUGGUGUUUUCAUCUCGAUAAAUAUCAGCUUGCUGGGAAGCCCGAUGACGUCAUGAUGUGUCAGUUUUAACAUUUUAACUAUGUCUGAUUGUCCCUCUGAUGUCAGCAAAGAAGUAAAGCCAGUGAACCACCCAAACUUCAUACCAGAGCAUGACAUUAAAAGCUUACCACUUUUCACAGAAAAUGCAGAUGUAAGAACGAAGCCUCCAUCUGGGGUAAAUGGAAAUAACUCAGAUGGAGCUAGCAAGCCAAAGGUUGGGAGAAGCAUCUCACAUGACUAUUCAUGUGACCAGAAGAACAGGGGGUCUGUGGGCUCGUUUGGGUCAUGUGAUAGCAAGAACUAUGAUGAAGAGGUUGUGAUUGCCUACCAGGAUGAGGCUAUCAAUGUUGAAGAACAAGGAACUGGCAACACAUGUGCUGGGACUGACAAAGGUGCACUACGAUUAGUUCUUGUGUCUGGAAAAGUGAGGAACACCACUGCUGUGAGAAAUGCUUUGCAACCGAAUGUGGCCUUUGUCCAAUAUAAAUACUAUACAUCCUCAUUGGAAGGGAUUCUUGACCUGGUUUCGAGAACUCUAGGGCCACGCAAGUGCAUAAGUGUGGCAUUAAUAUUGAGCUGUUCUGGUUUGUCACUUCAGCUCUGUGGGAAAGAAGAAAAGAUGCAGCUGUUGAAUAAAGAGAGUAUCACAGAAAUGAAGUCAAUUCGUGACUUCUUCGUGACGCUAGUUGACAAGCAUUUGGACGUGUCUGACCCCGGAGCCAGGCUGGACUUCAUGGCCUGCAGUCUCUUCCUGCACACAGACGGGGGCUCCAUUGAUAAAGAGAUGGAAGCAUUGCUCAAGAUUCCAGUGAAGAUGUACAAGGAUUUAGGGGGUAAUGAAGCACCAAGAUCAGCAAGUUCUGAUGACGGUAACAGAACAAACGGUUCAGUAGGUGAUCAGUAUUUCAAGCUCGAAAAGCUCAGAGGCUGGUCAGGUCAACAACAACAGACUCUUGCUGGGUUUGAAAAAAUAAAAAUUGUGGGAAAAGGGGCAUAUGGAGCAGCAGUGCUGUACAAGAAGAAAGAUGACGACUCCCUGGUGAUACUCAAGGAAAUAAACAUGCAUGAUCUGAAAGCUACAGAGAGGCAGAUGGCGUUGAAUGAGGUGAACAUUCUGGCCAUGCUGGAGCACCCUAACAUCAUCAGCUACUUUGACUCCUUCGAAGAAGAUGGUGUGAUUAUGAUUGAGAUGGAAUAUGCAGAAGGAGGGACACUGGCCCGUUACCUGGCAAGUCAGGAGAAGUCCUUGGAGGAGCGAGAUAUUAUUGUCAUGUUCCAGCAGAUAGUGUCUGCAAUCAGGCACAUCCAUGAACACAACAUCCUGCAUCGGGAUUUGAAGACUGCCAACAUUUUCCUGACGAAGGAGUGUGUAGUGAAGGUUGGAGACUUUGGUAUUUCCAAGAUGAUGUCCACUGCAAAUAAAGGUGCUAACACAGUAUUGGGGACCCCAUACUACAUAAGUCCAGAGAUGUGUGAGGGUAAACCAUACAAUGACAAGUCUGACAUCUGGGCCCUUGGCUGCAUCUUAUAUGAGAUGGCCUGUCUGCAGAAAACAUUUGAGGGCACUAACCUGCCAGCACUGGUCAAUAAGAUAAUGAAGGGUCAGUUUGCCCCCGUGAAGGGCAACUACUCCCAGGAGUUCAAGGAUCUGAUCAUGCUUAUGUUGUCCCAGGACCCUGCUGUCCGUCCAUCUGCACAGGACCUUCUGCAUACCCUCAUACCUCAGCUCUUGUCCCAAUAUGAAGAAGUGACAACCACAGAUAAUGAUGAGGACUUGGACAUGACAAAGGACAAGGUCAACAGCUCGAAGAAGAAAACCAGGGCAAUUCUCUACUACUUUGAUAGUUCUAGUGCCGAACUGACUCCGAUAGAAUUGAACCCAAAAGUAAAGAUAAGAGCUACUGCGGUAGGGGCUGACCAUGUGAUCGUGGUUACCAUGGAGAGCCAGGUGUUCACAUGGGGAGAGGGGUCAAAAGGACAGCUGGGCCAUGGCGACUGUUUGUCAGUUUCCAAGCCCAAAAAUAUUGAAGCCUUGAGUGGAAAAUCAAUAACAAGGGCGUGUUGUGGAGAUGGGUUCAGUGUGUUUGCCAGUGACAGAGGCAUUGUGCUAACAUGCGGGGAUGGAAGUCAAGGGUGCUUGGGACAUUCUGAUUGGUCUGCUGUGAAUAGGCCACGCCUUAUUGAAUCUCUUCUCAGCGUGGACGUGAUAUCAGUGGCGUGUGGCCCUGCCCACGUUGUGGUGGUUGGCAGCAAGGGUGAGAUCUUCUCUUGGGGCAACGGAGUCUCUGGCCGACUGGGGCUUGGAACCGAGGACAACCAUUGUAAACCAAUGAAGGUGACUGUCACAGAAUCUGUGUUGAUCAGGGAAGUGUUCUGCGGCCAUGAUGGCACCAUGUUCUUGACAGACGAGGGCUGUGUGUGCGCAUGUGGGAACAACGAGGAGAACAAGCUGGGGCUGAACCAUAGGUGUGGCUUCAUUGCUGCCAUGAGGAACAUCUUCACAAGGACAGAGGUAGAGGGUCAGAAAGUUCCAACCAUGGUACGAGCGCUUCGUCACAGAGUCAUUGACAUAUCUAUGGGCCGAUACCACACUGCAGUGAUUGUUGAGCCAGGAACUGUCUGGACAUUUGGGCGCAACUCUGAAGGGCAGCUGGGUAUCGAGGAAACCAAGCCUGUCAGAGCCCCGGUGAAAGUGAACCAUAUGACCGACAAAAACAUUGUGAGAGUACAGUGUGGAGAACACUAUACAGUUGCCAGUACUAACAUGAAUGAAAUAUACUACUGGGGACUGCGAUUCAAACAUACCACCUUGAUAUCGCCAGCAACAAAUGACAUGGACUCAAGCAUUUACAGUAGAAACAAAGAUGAUAUGCGAGUGGAGUCUGUGACUCCACGGAAUGCUGGUCAUGGCAGGCAGCCAAGCAGUACUAGUGGGAUCAGCAUCCCAAGUCUAGAUGGUAAUGGCAGGCAGCCAAGCAGUACUAGUGGGAUCAGCAUCCCAAGUCUAGAUGGUAACAGUCUAACAGACCACGAAAAUGAUCUGGAAGCUGGCAACAAGGCAGAAUGGGAAAGUGUAGCAGAUAGCGGGUAUGCAGGUGACAGCACAGUCCGCACAGGGUUCCGGCCCCUCAGCAGUGUCCCACGUCGAUCUUCCAGUGCAACUAGCAGGGACAUGAACAGUCAGCGUGAGAAGGAUUUGGACAGUGGAUUCAAGGAUGACUCAGAGAUCAUAUUCCCGCCUGAUCACCUUAUGAGAAUUGUUUCCACGGAUGAAACUCUGACAUUGAGUUCAUUCUUUUGCCAUGGUGAAAACAUUUUUAUUCAAGUUGAAACAACGGCUCCUCCACCUCGGAAAAAGACUCGCAAAAAGCGCGCCUUUAGGAAGCGAUACAGUGGUUCCACUCUGCCAGUGCCCAGCUCUAACACAGGUACUUCUGCUUCAAGCCGAGAGGGUGGAGAUGAAUACUCCUCAGGGACAUCAGAGGUUGACACUCAAGGAACUGUGCCAUCCUGGCUUCGCAAAGAACUUGCUGAUACCCAGAAUGGAGCCAAUCCCAUAGUAACUAAAAAUUUCCAAGGGGAUGAGUCCGAUGGAAACAUGGCCGACAACACAAGUGAACAGUCAGAUGAGGACCAUACACACAAGCUGAUUGACACUUCCAUGUCCAGUAUUCAGAUUAACAGAGAGCUCACUCCUUGUAAACUUCCCCUAGACAAGGCCCUCACACCAAAAAAUAGUGAUCUGAAGUCGUCCAGUUUUUCCAAGGGAUCCUCAGGUGAUGGCAAAACUGGUAAGCUCUCCAGCACUGAGAGUGAAAUAGAUGCUGCCAUGCAUUCAGAUGGCAGUGCAAAAGACUUGAAGAUGACAAGUCGUGCUUGGACGGAGCUGCAAGGCCUGGGUAAGGGACUGAAAUCGGGAGGUCUAGGGUCCGGUACCCAGCGAGUGAAGAGUGCUGCCCUCUCCACACAAUGGACCCAUAACCGCUUCAGGCAAAACAGAGGACAUGUCAGACAUGACACGGUGCUGAAGGAGCAGCUAUCAGCACGAGGGUUUGUGUCCGAUGUCACUGUGAAAAGGAGAGAAGAGGCCCUACUGGGAGAGCUGAAGAUGACUCGGGAGGAGAAGAUGAUGGCGGAGAUGAGACUGCGAGAGCUGGAGAGAGACCACAUGCAGAGGCAGGAGCAGCUGAGACUUGAGUCCGAGCAGAGGGCCCUGGAGCGUGAGAAACAACUGCAGUCCCAGAUUGAGAUGCUGAAACAGGAACUGAAAUCACAGACCUCACAGCUGAAGGAAAACCAGAAGAAAGUCAUGUCACUGCAGGAUCAGUUGUCAAUAAUUCAAACAAAGAAGAAGAGUUUUGGACCUGGAAGAGUUGGUUCAACAUCAGAGAGCAAAGUGUGCGUCUUGCAGUGAUUUAAUUGCUUAAAAUGUGUUGCUUCUAUGAAACAGAUUUGACAAAAACACACUUUUGUUCAUCUUUGUUACACACAAUUUUGAUGUGAAGAAACAAUUAUAUUUUAAUAUUAUGCUGAGAAUAGCGUUAGUGGUUGAGCCACUGACCUAUAAUUAUUUUUAAGGGUAUUGAUCUAUAUCUCUCGAUUUUGAACUUUGUCCAUAGGCCUGCAUGUAACACAUGAUUUUAAACUACGGCUAUAGGCCUGUAACACUUGAUUUUGAACUGCCCCCUUAGGCAUAGUACGUAUGAUUUUUGAACGGAAAAGAGCUUUCAUCGACUCAUUUUAAAAUACGGUUAUAGGUUGAUAACUUCUGAUUUUGAACAAAGGGUUGGUAACACCUCAUUUUAAUUUUGUGUCAUUGGCCUAUGACACCUAAUAUCAAACUAUGGGACAAUAACACUCCAGUUUUAACUGUGGCCUUUAACACCACAUUUUGGUCUCCUUUUCAAUUGGCAUUGGCCUAUAACACCCCAUUCUGAACUAUGAAAAUAUGUCUCUGACUUCUAAUUUUUAAGUAGGGGUAUUGGUUUGAAAAAUCUGAAUUUUUCAAUAUCCAUUGGCCAACAUUAGCUUAUUUUGAAAUAUGGACAUGGUUUAAAUGAGUUAUAGAUUCUUCAAACUACAAUAGACAUCAUUUCAUACCAAACUUUAAAUAGUUACCAGAUAUUUGCACAAUUUACAAGUGCUGUUCGUUAAAAAUGACGUUUUCAACCUUAAGAUUGUAUUACAAGGUAAAUUUAUAUGCACACACAUUUCCAUUGAAUUCCAAUUGUGCUUUACAUUUUACUGAUUUUGUAUUUAUUUUGUUAUAGUAAAUGUCUUUUGUGCUGGUCACAAAGAUUUUUGUAGUGUUUUAACAUUUGUAUACAUUUUAUGGAGAUAAAAUGUUUUUAGUAUCAUGACAUCAUUUAUACAUGUAUAUGGCUCAUACUUCUUUUUGUUUGUUACAAAUCUUAGACAUCUUCCCUCUUGGACAAAUCCCCCUGCUCAAUUUUAGCCUGACUUUUGGUAGAUUGACUCUUUCAGUGCUGGAACCGAAUUUUGAAGGCCUUUGCAAACAGUUUGGAUCCAGAUGAGACGCUACAGAACGUGGCGUCUCAUCAGGAUCCAAACUGUUUGCUAUUCUGAUAGUUCUCUUUGAAAAAAAAAUCGAAGAAAAUGCUAAUUUUAGAAAUUCAGCAGACGACAAUUUUCCCAGCAUGCAAAGGGUUAAGUAAGGUAAGCAACAAAGUGUUGGUGUUAUGGCUAGGUUGAAUAUAUGUGUACAGCAAACAAUUUGGGACAUUUGUUUUUUUUUUACAAAAGGAAGAUUGAUGAGUCUAUUUCUUAAUAGAUAAACAAGCGGAGUUAAAUUUAGUUCUUACAUAUGAACAUGUAAUUGCCAUGUUUAAGGGAAACACGGGAUAGGUGAAAUCUGGGUUAAGGUCAUUGUAUGAAAACAUGAGUUCACUUAAUAAAUCAACAAUAUAUUGUGGUUUUGUUUUAAACUUUAUGCAUGAAUUUGUUAUAUGAGUACUUGCUUGUGACAGCUGUAAAUAUGUGUGUAUGUGGACAAGAUUACAGUAUAUGUUUUUUAAGAACUUUCGAACUUUAGUGAUAAAACUUAAUAACAGUACAAACCAUAUUAUCAAACCAGUAUGAGGCUUGAAAUUAGGGUUUGUAGGCGCUCAUGUCACAAUUAACAAAACUAAAAUACGUGUUCUGCUUUGAAACUCAUUCUUAUUGAGAAGUUGUAAUACAAUUUCAGAUUAUAUUAAAUGAAGCCAAGGUUUUUGGCAGCCUUGCUGGUCACUAUUAUGCGAUUGGAUCUGAAGUGGGAUUUUCUCUUUCUGAUAUUGUUCUGAACAUGUUUAUCAGUUUCAGCAUGGGUAUAAUAGCCGAUUGUUUAGGCACGUCACACUGCGACACAAAUAAUAAUUCUCAAAAAAGUAUUGAUCUUGAACAUUGUCACAUUUUGAAACAUGUUUCAUUUGACUGUUAGAUUUUUAAAUAUUUCAAAUAAUUAUUGAUAAAUAAUCUUGAAGCAAUCCUCAGUGUCAGCAUUGAAGUUCAACUAAGCUGUGCAAUCCUAGCAGUGACGUUAUACGUCGAAAUUGGCACGCGCGGUUCAUAAAAGAAAAUAGUGACCGUUUCAUGUAUUAUUGAUCUGGAUAAAAAAAAGAGGUUCCGGGUUUUGUUCACGUUUUUGAAAGAAGUUAGGAAUAAUUCUCAGUUUGGAAUUUUGUCAAGAUAUGUUGGUCUCAUUAUUAUUAUUGUUAAAUUAUCAUCAUAUCAUGUAGAUCUACGUUUUUAUUUACAACAAUCAUUUUUAUGCAAUCUUUUUCGUGUAAUGCUCAAAUUGUGCAAUUAAGACUUUGAUGUUAAUUAUCUCCUUUUUUAAUUUUGUUCUGUAUUCACUGAAACCUCUUUUAUGUGCAACUCGUGUAACAAUCAGCAAAUGAAUGUCACUAACGGUCACAUUGUUCCUUGAUUUUUAGUAUCGUGCAUUCUCCUUUUGUGCGCAGUCAAGAUAUGUUGAAUUAAAAAAUCGCUGUAUAAUAUAAAUAUUUUUAUACAAAUGUGUCUGAUUGUGAUCCGUCGAUUGAAUAAAUUGAUCUCCACAAAGUAUGUUACUGUCA